AUGACCAAGUGGUUUACGAUGGUGACGUUGGUAGCGGUAGCGGUGGCGGGAGCGGUGCGGGGAUGGGACUGUGUGUGCAAUCCUAGGGAGUGUGAGCCCUUAGAACCGAGCGGAUGUCCAGGGUUAGGCAUAGUAGUGUGGGACCCUUGCAGAUGCUGUAAAGUGUGUGCAAGAACACUCGGUGAGGACUGUGGCGGCUUUAGAGGAACGUGCGAACCCGGCCUAAAGUGUUAUGAGGGUUCGUGUACGACGAUAACGUGA